AUGGGUGCCCAACUUUGCUCCGAGGCCAACAACAAGUCGCCCCCAGAGGCGCUUCGCUUCCACGCAGAAGCCAAGGGCUCACAGGUGAACCUGGACACCCGCUGCUGCACCGCGCACAGGUGCGCUACGUUCCACGACGGCAUCGUUUUCAGUCAGCGGCCUGUGCUGCCCGGGGAGCGUGUGGCACUGCGCGUGCUGCGACUGGAGGAAGGCUGGUGCGGUGGCCUCCGCGUGGGCUUCACGCGCCUGGACCCCGCGCGCGUGUCCGCGUCCAGCCUGCCGCCCUUUGUGUGCCCAGACCUGGAGGAUCAGAGCCCAACGUGGGCUGCUGUGCUGCCUGAGGACUGCGCGCUUGAGGGGGAUGUGAUCUGUUUCUGGGUGAACCGCCACGGCAGGCUCUUCGUUAGGGUCAACGCUGGCCGCCCUUUCCUGUUGCGCAAGGGCGUGCUCAUGGGCGCCCCGCUCUGGGCGGUAAUGGACGUGUACGGGACCACCAAGGCCAUCGAGCUUCUGGAUCCCACAGCCAGCCAGUUCCCCACAACUGUGUCUUGUGUCCUCAGCAACGAGGAAGCACUUGAGUGUGAAGCCGCAUCAGGAGAGGAAUGUACUGUCUGCUUCCACCAUGUUGCCAACACCCGCCUUGUCCCCUGUGGCCACAAGCACUUCUGCAGCUACUGUGCCUGGAAAGUCUUCAAGGACACGGCCAAGUGUCCCUUGUGUCGCUGGCAGAUUGAGGCCCUGGCCCCUGCAUGAGUCUCCCCUGCUCUGAGGACCA